AUGGCUAGUCAUCAACCUCGCAUUGACCCCGGUCCGAAAGAGUGGGGUGUACUGGAUGAAGAUGUGCAGCAAUGUCACAGAUCGCAGGUGGUGUGGAAUGAGGGACAUUUAAAGUCUCUUAGUGUUAGACGAGCCUUAGAGGGUAGGGGAAUUAGGGAUGUGCAUAACCCAGAUGACAUCCCCCAAGACCUGCAGCAGCAUUUGAUGCGUGCAGGUUUCUGGCAUGCGGCUCGCAUGAGAAGAUUACCGAUUGACCAUAGGCUGAUUACUGCACUGGUCGAGAGGUGGCGGCCAGAGACUCACACAUUUCACAUGCCUGUUGGAGAGAUGAUUGUCACUUUACAGGAUGUUGAGGCCAUUUUAGGUUUACGCACUGAGGGUCGGGUGGUUUCUGGCUACACCCAUGGGAACUGGGCGGACGUAAUCACGCAGUACAUGGGAAUAUCUCCACUUGCAGCUGAUUUACGACAUGGGAACCUUAAGAUGGGUUGGUUGACUCAACAUUGGGGUCAAUGGGCUGCGCAUUCAGCUACACACGAGGGACAAAUUAGGUACACUCGUGCGUAUCUUAUGCGUCUCUUUGGAGGUUUUUUGCUGUGUGACAAGUCAAGUUCAGUAGUCGCUUGUCGGUACAUUCAAUUAUUAGAUGGGGACUUUGAGGAUACCAGUAUGUAUAGUUGGGGAUCUGCGGUACUCGCAGUACUUUUUCGUGAACUAUGUCAGGCAACAUCUUCAGGGGCCAGUGAUAUUGGGGGAUGUUUAACAAUGUCGUAUCGCGGCGACACCAAUUUCACCUGA